GCGCCACCCGUCACGCUCUCACGCGCACAUAAGAGUUUUUCCGAGUGGGUUUUCUCUCUCCACGUCUUUCUCCUCUUCCUCCUGCUCCUGCUGCUGUGUGCUCAGACUCUCUGUCUCCUUCAUCACCGGGCUUCAUCUGUCUGCUGCGACUUUUGUGAUUUUCUUCUCGCCGUUGAUAUAAACUCCCAGCACCCUCAAAAUGGCCAGCAGAGGAACUGUAAAACCCAGCGGAAACUUCAAUGCCAGUGCAGAUGCCGAGACUCUGCGCAAGGCCAUGAAAGGCCUGGGGACUGAUGAGGAUGCCAUCUUGGAGCUGUUGACAUCUCGCAGCAACGCCCAGAGGCAGGAGAUCAAGACCACAUACAAGACUCUGUUUGGGAAGGAUCUGAUCAGCGACCUGAAGGGGGAGCUCGGAGGCAAAUUUGAGACCCUGAUAGUGGCUCUGAUGACCCCACCCCUCGCCUAUGAUGUGACAUUACUUCGCAAUGCCAUCAAGGGGGCAGGAACGGAUGAGAAGGUGCUGGUGCAAAUCCUUGCCUCCAGAACUCCUCAGCAAGUGAAGGACAUUGUAGCUUCUUACAGACAGGAGUACGAUGAUGACCUGGAGGAGGACAUUUGUGGCGAUACUUCAGGUCAUUUCAAGAGACUCCUGGUUAUUCUCCUGCAGGCAAACAGACAGACAGGGAUCCAGGGGGCAGAGAUUGAGAAUGAUGCUCAGGUUAUGUUCAAGGCAGGAGAGCAGAAGUUUGGCACUGAUGAACAAAAGUUUGUCACCAUCCUUGGCAACCGCAGUGCAGAACAUCUCAGAAAAGUGUUUGAUGCCUACAUGAAGAUGACUGGAUAUGAGAUGGAGGAGACCAUCAAGAGGGAAACUUCUGGAAACCUGAGAGACCUGCUCCUCGCUGUAGUAAAGUGUGCCAGGGACGUUCCAACCUACUUUGCUGAGACUCUGUACUACGCCAUGAAGGGCGCAGGUACUGACGACGACACCCUGAUCAGAGUGAUGGUGAGUCGGAGUGAGGUGGACAUGUUGGACAUCAGAGCUGCGUUCAGGAGGUUGUUUGCCUGCUCUCUACAUUCAAUGAUCAAGGGAGAUACAAACGGUGAUUACCGUAAGGCCUUACUGUUGCUCUGUGCUGGAGAUGAUGCGUAACCGUGGCAACAAGCACAACACGGCCCAUUAGGCCCUUUUAAACCAUGAGUCCAAAUGUUGUCUUUGAAGGGUAGCUAACAUUUUGUUUAUGUCCACAUUAUUGCAGCUUUCUGGUCAACUAAUCUUAACUAUAGCUAAUCAUUAAUCAUUUCAACGUAUCUGAAAUAUUCACCUUGAAACUGCAUUUGUUUUGUUUGCACAUUGUAUGGCAGAACCAGUAUGCAUAAAUAAACAUUUCAUUAAAUGUGUGCAACAGUGAA